AUGAAUCGUCAUGGCUUUGUGGGGCCUUUACGCGUGGAGCCGCCCCAAGUCUCAUCCUUUAUUUUCUUCUUUUCUUCGACUAAAGGGCACUUCCGACUGAGAACGGACAAGCAAAUCCCCGUGGAAAGAAACUUCCAGAUACCAAAACCACAAUAUCACCCUCCAAAUCUCCGCGACCAAAGCCCUCGUGAUUAUCGGGGAUCUUUGCUAGCUAUGGGAGGAGAAAAAGGCGGAGGCGGAGUCGGAGGCAGAGCAGAGCCACAGUAUGUGACUGCCAAGACUUCAGUUUGGUGGGACAUUGAGAACUGUAAUGUGCCCAGAGACUGUGACCCUCAUGCCAUAGCACAAAACAUAAGUUCAGCUCUUGUCAAGAUGAAUUAUUGUGGUCCUGUCUCAAUUUCUGCUUAUGGUGACACCCAUCGGAUCAAUUCGGCUGUUCAACAGGCUCUUUCUAGUACUGGGAUUGCCCUCAAUCAUGUCCCUGCAGGUGUUAAAGAUGCAAGUGACAAGAAGAUUCUUGUUGAUAUGUUGUUCUGGGCGGUGGACAAUCCUGCGCCAGGUAAUUAUUUGCUAAUUUCUGGUGAUCGAGACUUUUCUAAUGCUCUUCAUCAGUUGCGAAUGAGGAGAUAUAAUAUUCUUCUAGCACAGCCCCAGAAAGCAUCUGCGCCCCUUCUAGCAGCAGCAAAGAGUGUAUGGCUUUGGACGAGUCUUUUGGCUGGAGGACCGCCACUCACUGAAGGUGAAUCACAACAACUUGGUAGUAAUAGCUAUGCGCCCAUUUCAGACACGCUACAGAUUCCAGUGUCUGAUGCUGCUCAAUUAAAACAACCAGUGGAUUCCUAUUCUGAGAAUCCGUAUUUGGCAAAUCAGAAGUCUCCUUACACAGCAAGGGGUUAUGACAAUAAACAGAAAGGGAAAAACAUCCGAAGAAACCCAAGCCAAACAAAUGGAUCAAAAACAACAAGCACGCCUCAUUGGACCCAAGAAGAUCAACAUAAUUCAAGCUCUCACCACCCUGGUCCUUACUUCCCCCGAGGUCCCCCAAUUGGACCUGCUCCGGAUUUUGUUCCUGGAAAUAAUGAUUUUAAUUGGAGUGAUGUCACCUGUGUUAAUAGUAACAACCAUCAUUAUUUUACACAGCAACCACGUGCUCCUCCUCCAAUGCCUGCCAGGCCCAAUGGAACUAGCUCUACCUCUGCACAAUAUACAAGUGUGCCUGAUAUUGGUAAUUUGGGCAUUUCUGGGCAUCCCAUCAACUUUAACCUUCAACGACGAAAUCCAGAUCUAAAACAUGAUCCGAAGAAGAAACUUCCCAGAUCUGUAAGCUCAAGUAACUCACAAAAUGGAAAUAUGACACAUAACUCACCAUCAAUCUACCAGGAUGAGAAGCCAAACAAUUGGCACCCUGGUCGUCCAGAAUAUCCACCAUCAUCUUCAUCAGCAGUGGGGGCCACUACUGCUCCUGCGAGUGUUAUAUGGGGGAGUCCAGGAUACCCAAAACCUUCUGAAUAUGUUCAAGGCCUUAUAGGAGUGGUCUUGCUGGCGCUCAACACCCUUAAAAGUGAAAAGAUAAUGCCAACUGAAGCAAAUAUAGCUGACUGCAUCCGAUAUGGAGAUCUGAAGCACCGUAAUACUGACAUUAAGAAGGCCCUUGAGAGUGCCAUUGAGCAUCAGAUGGUAGUGACGCAGAGAUUAGGUGCUAUGCAGUUUUACGUUGGUAAAAAUGAGAAACUCUGGAAAUGUGUCAACCCUAUUGGUGGUAACCCUAAACAGAUACCAAAAGCAACAUGGGAUGAAAUUCAGCAAUUUCUGACAUCCGCUGCUGGACGAUCUGCAAUCUUGGCUUCUCAGUGCAGGUAUGAAGCAGGUACUAUUAUAAAGAGUAUGUGCUUGAGAGAACAUGCUCUGGGUGAUAUACUUCAGAUCUUGAACAUGGCAAUUGGCUAUAAAAAAUGGAUCAUAACUCAUCAAUCAGGAUGGAAACCACUUAAAAUUGUUCUAGCAGAUGAGGCCAACAACGAUUCAUGGUCCAUAGACGAUUCAUGGUCCACAGACGGCACAUAA